CUUUCCAUACAGCAUUUUUAUGAUCAUAUGAUCAUGUUAGGUCAAUAAAAAAAAUACCCCAAAAAAUCAUGUCAGUUACACUUUAAAACUAAUAUAGUUCAGCGGCUGACUAGAAAGAAAUUACAAUUAGAGAAAAAGUUGAAGUCUAUGAAUGAAAAUUUAACUAAACAAAUUGAAGAACUUAAAACUAAAGUUGUUGAAAGGGAAAUCAUAAUUGUCAAACUAGUGAAAGAGAAAUCAGAACUAGAGGAAGAGUUGCAGAAAGACAUAACAACUGCUAAAGAUAAUGAGAAGCAAUUAAAAGAGAAAGAACCAGUCAAAGAUGCUGAUAUUCAAUUUGACUACAGCACUUUUCCUUCAAAGGAGGAGACAGAGAAACUUAAAGCUUGUAUAGCCAUGCUGACUAAAGAGAAAUCACUAUUUGAAGAAAAUAACGAAAAGUCACUUGGAAAGAUUGAAAAACUUGAAGUUGGAGUUGCUGAUAGCCUAACUUACAUAACCACACUAACAGAUGAAAAAACUUUAAUUAAUGAAGAGAAUAAAAAACUCAAAGUUCAAGUUGUCGAUAAAGAUAUACUGAUAGCUAAACUGAUGAAGAAAGAGUCACAACUAAAGGAAGAGUUGCAGUCAUUGAAAGAUAUUUCAACUGAUACUAAAUGUAUUCAAUGUGACUACUGGACUAAAGCAGAAUUACCAUUUGAUGGUAUGGUAACAUUGGGUAAGAAGGUGUGUCUGUAUAAUGCUAACAGUAGUCAUGAGUUACAGUUGGAUGAAUGUGGUCUUACCCUCUCUCUACCUGAUGGACUCUUAUCUCCAGUGGAUAGCACUGUCUAUGAAGCUGCUGCUCAAGGUUUAUGGGGAGGAGAUUUUGAGUUCCCUGCAGGCACACAUCUCAUCAGUAGUGUGUGUUACAUAUCUGUGUCUCCUAAUGCUGCUCAACUGGAUAAACCAGUCACUGUACAGCUAGUACAUUGUGCUCAUUUGACCUCUCAAUUUCAGAGUCAGUAUCUGAGCUUUGUAGUAGCUGAGGUUCAACCUGGUAAACAGUCCGGCCCUUUUAAGUUUGAGUUGCUACCAGGAGGAUCAUUCUCACCUGAUUCUCAAACUGGUAGCAUAGAAUUGAAGAGUUUUUCCCUAAUUGCAAUUGUGAUUGUUGUGAGUGCUGGUGUUGCUGGCAUUGUGGCUGGAUCAGGUGCUGCAGUAGGAGUAGCAACUGUUGGAGCAGCAGCUGUUGGAGUAGCAAAAAUAGGAAAUUUAGCAUUCAAUGCUUUCAAAAAUGUUACUCCUCCUGUUCCACCUUCUUUUCAUUGUCGUGGUCUGUUUUAUAAGAAGUAUUGGACUAAUGAAGUAAUAGUGAGUCUGGCUGUCCUGCCAGAUUUACCUGCCUUUAAAGAGCCUUUUAAAGAUGAUCCUGUUGCUCUGUCCCUCCUGGGUGAGCUACGAAGAACAUUUCCCUUUACUUUUUCUAAGGACAAAAACAAUUGUCUAAAAGUGACAAAUAUUCCUAAAAGGAAUAUCGAAGGAUGGAGAUUCACUGGAUGUAAUACGGAGAUCACUGAGACUCAUGUUGUUCGUUAUAGUUCUGGUCAAAGUUCUGAGCCUCCAUACAUUCAAAUAUCAGUACAACCUGAUGAAACUGAUAUAAAAGAAAAGCUAUCCCAUACUUUAUCUGUUGAUGAUAUACAAACACCAUCUGGUGUAUCUUCAGUGCCAUGGAAUAUUGAAGUUUCAAAGAAUGAUUUAUCAUCAACUGCUUUUUUAUCAGG